UUGGGGCCGCGCUUCCGCUCCGGCCCUCGUCACCGCCGGCCCUCCGCCCGGUGACGCCCCCGCAAAAGGCUUCGCCGUCGCCGAGGCCUCCUUCUCAGCGACCCGUCGCGGCAGGAUUCUCCUUCACUGGGUUCCUCCCGCUCACCGCAACCAUUGACGCCAUGUCGAGUUACUCUAGUGACCGGGACCGCGGCCGGGAUCGAGGAUUUGGUGCACCUCGGUUUGGAGGGAGUAGAACAGGACCCCUCUCUGGAAAGAAGUUUGGAAAUCCUGGGGAGAAACUAGUUAAAAAGAAGUGGAAUCUUGAUGAGCUGCCCAAAUUUGAGAAGAAUUUUUAUCAGGAACACCCAGAUUUGGCAAGGCGCACCGCACAAGAGGUAGAUACAUACAGAAGAAGCAAGGAAAUUACAGUUAGAGGUCACAACUGUCCAAAACCUGUUCUGAAUUUUUAUGAAGCAAACUUCCCUGCAAAUGUCAUGGAUGUGAUUGCAAGGCAGAACUUCACUGAACCCACUGCUAUUCAAGCUCAGGGCUGGCCAGUUGCUCUGAGUGGACUGGAUAUGGUUGGAGUAGCUCAGACUGGAUCUGGGAAAACAUUAUCUUAUUUGCUGCCUGCCAUUGUCCACAUAAACCAUCAGCCAUUCCUAGAGAGAGGUGAUGGACCUAUUUGCUUGGUGCUGGCACCAACUCGAGAACUGGCACAGCAGGUGCAGCAGGUCGCUGCUGAAUACUGUAGAGCUUGCCGCUUGAAGUCCACUUGCAUCUAUGGUGGUGCUCCCAAGGGACCACAGAUUCGUGAUUUGGAAAGAGGUGUGGAAAUCUGUAUUGCAACACCUGGAAGGCUGAUUGACUUUUUAGAGUGUGGGAAAACCAAUCUGAGAAGAACAACUUACCUUGUCCUUGAUGAGGCUGACAGGAUGCUGGAUAUGGGAUUUGAACCCCAAAUAAGGAAAAUUGUGGAUCAGAUAAGACCUGAUAGGCAAACCCUAAUGUGGAGUGCAACUUGGCCAAAAGAAGUAAGACAGCUUGCUGAAGAUUUCCUGAAAGACUACAUUCAUAUCAAUAUCGGUGCACUAGAACUGAGUGCAAACCAUAACAUUCUUCAGAUUGUGGAUGUAUGUCAUGACGUAGAAAAGGAUGAAAAACUUAUUCGUCUAAUGGAAGAGAUCAUGAGUGAGAAGGAGAAUAAAACCAUUGUUUUUGUUGAAACCAAAAGAAGAUGUGAUGAACUUACCAGAAAAAUGAGGAGAGAUGGGUGGCCUGCCAUGGGCAUCCAUGGUGACAAGAGUCAGCAGGAACGUGACUGGGUUCUAAAUGAAUUCAAACAUGGAAAAGCUCCUAUUCUGAUUGCUACCGAUGUGGCCUCCAGAGGGCUAGAUGUGGAAGAUGUGAAAUUUGUCAUCAAUUAUGACUACCCUAACUCCUCAGAGGAUUAUAUUCAUCGAAUUGGAAGAACUGCCCGCAGUACCAAAACAGGCACAGCAUACACUUUCUUUACUCCUAAUAACAUAAAGCAAGUGAGCGACCUUAUCUCUGUACUUCGGGAAGCUAAUCAAGCAAUUAAUCCCAAGUUGCUUCAGUUGGUCGAAGACAGAGGUUCAGGUCGUUCCAGGGGUAGAGGAGGCAUGAAGGAUGAUCGUCGUGACAGAUACUCUGCGGGCAAAAGGGGUGGAUUUAAUACCUUUAGAGACAGGGAAAACUAUGACAGAGGUUACUCUAGUCUGCUUAAGAGAGAUUUUGGGGCUAAAACUCAGAAUGGUGUUUACAGUGCUGCAAAUUACACCAAUGGGAGCUUUGGAAGUAAUUUUGUAUCUGCUGGUAUACAGACCAGUUUUAGGACUGGUAAUCCAACAGGGACUUACCAGAACGGUUACGAUAGCACUCAGCAAUAUGGAAGUAAUGUCGCAAAUAUGCACAAUGGUAUGAACCAACAGGCAUAUGCAUAUCCUGCUACCGCAGCUGCUGCGCCUAUGAUUGGCUAUCCAAUGCCAACAGGGUAUUCUCAAUAAGACUUUAGAAGUAUAUGUAAAUGUCUGUUUUUCAUAAUUGCUCUUUAUAUUGUGUGUUAUCAGACAAGAUAGUUAUUUAAGAAACAUGGGAAAUGCAGAAAUGACUGCAGUGCAGCAGUAAUUAUGGUGCACUUUUUUCGCUAUUUAAGUUGGAUAUUUCUCUACAUUCCUGAAACAAUUUUUAGGUUUUUUUUGUACUAGAAAAUGCAGGCAGUGUUUUCACAAAAAGUAACUGUACAGUGAUUUCAAAUACAAUAAAUGAAGGCAAUGCAUGGCCUUCCAAUAAAAGAUAUUUGAAGACUGAA